CACUUCUUUGGGCCUCAUAAACAACCACAGAACCACAAGUUGGGUACAGAGGCAGUCACCCAAGAGCGGGUCCGGGAUAUUGGUCAGCAGGGAGGGCGAAUCGUUGUGCCUGCAAACCACAGGGUUUCAGAGGGUGGUGGAAGAACCCCUAAAUUCCCUCCCAGUGAAGAGAGAGUGAGUUUUAAAGAGGAAAGGAUGGCUUCAAACAGCAUAUUUGAGUCACUUCCUUCUUACCAGCACUUCUUGAGAGAUACCAGCACCAGCCGCCGCUUCACGCCGCCCUCCACCACGCUGAGCCCGGGGAAGAUGAGCGAGCCGCUGGCGCUGCCCGGCGCCGAGCACAGCGGGGCUUUGCCGGGGAAGCUGCGCAGCGCCGACCGCAGCAUGGUGGAGGUCCUGGCGGAUCACCCCGGGGAGCUGGUGCGCACCGACAGCCCCAACUUCCUCUGCUCCGUGCUGCCCACGCACUGGCGCUGCAACAAGACGCUGCCCAUCGCCUUCAAGGUGGUGGCCCUGGGGGACGUCCCCGACGGGACCCUGGUGACGGUGAUGGCCGGGAAUGACGAGAAUUACUCGGCGGAGCUGCGCAACGCCACGGCCGCCAUGAAGAACCAGGUGGCGCGGUUCAACGACCUGCGCUUCGUGGGCAGGAGCGGCAGAGGGAAAAGCUUCACUCUGACCAUCACAGUCUUCACAAAUCCUCCCCAAGUAGCCACCUACCACAGGGCCAUCAAGAUCACGGUGGAUGGACCUCGGGAACCACGAAGACAUCGGCAGAAAAUAGAUGAGCAGACAAAGCCCGGCAGCUUGUCCUUUUCUGAGCGCCUGAGCGAGUUGGAGCAGUUGCGUCGCACAGCCAUGAGGGUCAGCCCACACCACCCAGCCCCCACACCCAACCCUCGAGCCUCCUUGAACCACAGCACAGCUUUUAACCCUCAGCCUCAGAGUCAGAUUCAGGACACCCGGCAGGUGCAGCCCUCCCCACCCUGGUCCUACGACCAGUCCUACCAGUACCUGGGCUCCAUCGCCGCGCCCGCCGUGCACCCCGCUACGCCCAUCUCACCUGGCCGGGCCGGCGGCAUGAGCUCGCUCACGGCUGAGCUCUCCAGCCGCCUCUCGGGAGCGUCCGACCUGACGGCGUUCAGCGACCCCCGGGUGGGAAUCGACCGCUCCUUCCCGGCGCUGCCGUCCAUCUCCGACCCUCGCAUGCACUACCCGGGAGCCUUCACCUACACACCCACCCCCGUCAGCUCCGGCAUCGGCAUCGGCAUGUCGGCCAUGUCCACGGCCAGCAGAUACCACACGUACCUCCCGCCGCCCUACCCCGGCUCCUCCCAGGCUCAGGGCAGCCCCUUCCAGACCAGCUCCCCUUCCUACCACCUCUACUACGGCACCUCGGCCGGCUCCUACCAGUUCUCCAUGAUCUCCGGCGGGGAUCGCUCGCCGCCGCGCAUCCACCCGCCCUGCACCAACGCCUCCACGGGCUCCACGCUGCUCAACCCCAACCUGCCCAACCAGAGCGACGUGGUGGAGGCCGAAGGGAGCCACAGCAACUCGCCCACCAACAUGGCCAGCACGGCCAGGCUGGAGGAGGCCGUGUGGAGGCCGUACUGAGGAGAUCGGAAGGAGCUCAAGGAGUCAGGACUAAAGGACUUCCCAUUUCCCAGCGGGAUCCCAGAAACUUCCUUGUGGGCCCUGCUGCGAUCAUCCACGAGUUUCAGGAGCAAACCCUUCCGAAGUCAGCGCUCCCAGGAGCGGAGGCUCUCGCCGCCAGGCCCUGGUGGAGCCGAGUCGCUCCGGCAAAGUAUUCCCGGCAGGAGAACGAGCUUCUGGAAAGGAGGAUGCUCCAGUUGGUGGUGCAGAGGUAGCGAGGGUGGGUAGAAGGGUAUCCAACCUGAUUCCAGGCCUGUGGCUUCCCAACGUGCCUGGGCUUGAAGGUCUCCACAGCCCUAAAAGAGAGUUUCGGUUCGCUUCUAUUUUUAAGACUUAAAACCUUAAAAAAAAACCAAAAAAACCCCAAAAAACAAAAAUAAAUCUUAGCGAGUUUACUGCAUCUUAUGGACAUUUUAAGUGUAAGGAAGUAUAGGAAGAUUCCCAGAGGGAAACUGUGAACGCUUCUGUUUUAGCAAUGCUGUGAAUGAGAGGUUUUAUAUGUUGGACUUCAUUCUUUCUUUUCUUUGUUUUGUUUGUAUAUUCCAAAGAAUACGGAAAUUUUUAUUACUGGGGUUUUUUUUGUUUGUUUGUUUUGUUUUGGGCUUAGAUUUUUUUUGGUGUUUUGUUUUGUUUUGUUUUGUUUUAGGAUGCAGCUCAUCCUGCUUUGCAUCUAAUUUGUUUUAUUUCUCUUGGCACCUUAUAAAUUGCAAAAAAAAAAAAAAAUUUUCUUUUUUUUUUGGUUUUAAUCAUGCUUGCUUCUUUCUUGCUUUGUCAACUGAAAGAAUCAGCCCCUUUUUCAAUGAGUUAAUUUAACUUUUUAUCUCUUGGACUUUUUUUUUUUUUAACACAACGGCUACAGCCUUGGGUCAUUUUCAACUACUGUAUUUCUUUGAUGAGUUCAUGGAUAUUUAUGCUUGAUAUUUAGACUUUUCUUAUUUGUUGAUACUAUUAUUAUUUAAAUAUGCCUAUAUUAAAAAAAAAAAUAUCAGCAAUUGCCUUUUUUUGGUAGCAGCCAAAGUCAAAUUUCUCACAUUGAAAAAGGCUGGAAUAACGAUGGGCAAAAGUGACCUCCUAAUUCCCUAAAAAUAUUGUUUACAAUUAUCUCACUCUCAUUUUUCUCAGUUUAGAUCCUCAAAGGCAUUGAGGUGGCCAAUUCCUGCUGGAAGGCACCAAAAUCCCUGGGGAUUUCUGUACCUUUACAAGUGGUGGAGUCAUCUCUCCCUCCUCCUAUUUUGUCACCAGUGGUGACCCUCAGGAUCAGGAAUCAGGAUGUAGAUACUUCCUAAGGCUAAUUCAAUAUUCCCUAACGAAAUACCUGCCCACUGGAGUGUCAGGACACAGGGAAUGGCUUCCCACUGCCAGAGGGCAGGGAUAGAUGGGAACUGAGAAGGAAU